AUGAACAGGAGCUUCAUUCGUUCGCUAACUUCAAAGGUCAAGAGUGCCGUCAAGGUUCCUCACAGCGAACAUCUGCACGGCCAAAAUAAGUUCGAACGAAAUUUCCCGGUAUUCCAGAGGAAGAAGGCAUGGGAAAGGGAUGGUAUGGACAAGGAUGAAUGGUUCAGGAAGAAAUAUGCGCAUGUGCAUGCAAGAGAAGCUAGUAGGAAGAGGGAUGCGCAUACAGAAACAAGUAAGACACCACAGGUACGCAAGAGGGCAGCAGCGCCAGUCGGCGAUGCGCAGCCCCGUCGUAGCUCAUUUAAGUCCCGGCAUGCAUUCGAUCCGCUGACGCCAGACCCGCUGUUGGAUAGGAUAUACGGGCGUAACAGUAUACUCCUGGCGCUGCAAAGCAACAGGCGCGAGUACUUCGUGCGUCUAUUGCACUCGGGAAAUUUGGACCCACAAAUUGCCAAACUGGCAGGACAACUCGGCAUUAAGGUUCAGUCUGCCCAGCGGCACCAGCUAAAUAUGAUGACCAACAACGCUGUGCAUAACGGACUAGUAUUGGAAGCUAAGCCCCUGUACCCGCAGGAGAUCAAUGCACUAGGUGCGGUUGAUCAUGAAGCGGGCACCUUUGAACUGAUCGACCAAUGGAGCAACAACGGCACAGCACAGAAGGUACCCUUCCUCCAAAGCGCGAAGAAGCGGUACCCCGUGGGUCUGUAUCUGGAUGAGGUUGUGGACCCGCAUAAUGUAGGCGCUAUUCUGCGCAGUGCCUAUUUUCUAGGUGCUGACUUCGUAGCCGUUUCUCACAGGAACAGCGCACCGCUCUCUGCCGCCGUCUCGAAGACCAGCAGUGGAGCACUGGAAGUCCUUCCUAUCUACAGUGUUGACAAACCGCUGCAGUUUUUUGAACGUUCGAGAGACGAGCAUGAUUGGGUCUUCGUCGCCAGUCAUCUGACGCAGGGACCGGGGAUCAGCUCCCACGUAAAAAAUAGGGUCCUUCCAAUAGAAGACAUGGCAGACCUUGCUCAGUCUUCGCCUGUGAUGCUUGUCGUUGGCAACGAGGGCACUGGAAUCAGGUCCAACCUGCAGCAGCGGAGUGACUUCUUCGUGCAAGUGCCGUUUGGCCGUGCAGACGAACCGCAACUAGUGGACUCACUAAACGUCAGUGUCGCAGCCGCACUACUGUUACGCAGUCUUCUGAGUUGA